CCCCGGCACCUGCCGGUCCCCACCCCGCCGACCUUCCACCUCCUCGCCUGCGACGCUCUCCCUUCGCCCAGGGAAAGCAACAACAUCCCGAUAACUUGGAGGCUGUGGCGCAACUGGUCUCAACAGCAGAGGCUCACUGAGGCUGCCCGGGUGAGGUGAGGAAGCUGAGGCUAGCAGAAACAAGAGGUGACCACAAACCCGUCUGAUCACAUUCUUGCAACCUUUCUUUGGUGCCUGACACUUCCCAACCACAUGCUAGAACCUGGGAAAGAAAAAAGUUGCAACAUGAAUAGGCCACCCAUCACUACCAACUACAGAUGACUUGCCAUUUCAUUUAUAAAGAUGUCGUCAGCUUCUGAAAAUGGAGAUGCAGCUCCUGGAAAACAAAAUGAAGAAAAAACCUAUAAGAAGACUGCAUCAUCUGCUAUUAAAGGUGCUAUUCAGCUAGGAAUAGGAUACACAGUGGGGAAUCUCACUUCCAAACCAGAACGAGAUGUUCUUAUGCAAGACUUUUAUGUGGUGGAAAGUGUGUUCCUACCCAGUGAAGGGAGCAAUCUGACCCCUGCACAUCACUACCCAGACUUCAGAUUUAAGACAUAUGCUCCACUGGCCUUCCGAUACUUCAGAGAACUUUUUGGUAUCAAGCCUGAUGAUUACUUGUAUUCCAUCUGCAGUGAACCUCUAAUAGAGCUGUCUAACCCUGGAGCCAGUGGAUCCUUGUUUUUUGUGACCAGUGAUGAUGAAUUUAUCAUCAAAACAGUUCAGCAUAAAGAAGCUGAGUUCCUUCAGAAGCUACUGCCAGGCUAUUACAUGAAUCUAAACCAGAAUCCAAGGACUCUUUUGCCAAAAUUCUAUGGACUCUAUUGCAUGCAGUCGGGGGGGAUCAACAUCAGGAUUGUGGUGAUGAACAAUGUCUUGCCCCGCUCCAUGAGGAUGCACUUCACCUACGACUUGAAAGGCUCCACCUAUAAGCGAAGAGCAUCCCGGAAAGAGAGAGAGAAAUCCAACCCCACGUUUAAGGAUUUAGAUUUCCUGCAAGACAUGCACGAAGGGUUAUAUUUUGAUACAGAAACGUACAACGCGCUCAUGAAGACACUCCAGAGAGACUGCCGGGUGCUGGAAAGCUUCAAGAUCAUGGACUACAGCCUUUUGCUGGGAAUCCACAUCUUGGACCAUUCCCUUAAAGACAAAGAGGAGGAGAACUCACAAAAUGUGCCUGAUCCAAAGCGGCCUGGGAUGCAGAAAGUUCUCUAUUCAACAGCCAUGGAAUCCAUCCAAGGUCCAGGGAAAUCUGGAGAUGGGAUCAUCGCAGAGAACCCAGACACAAUGGGAGGCAUUCCAGCUAAAAGCCAUAAGGGGGAAAAACUACUUUUAUUUAUGGGCAUUAUUGACAUUCUACAAUCAUACAGGUUAAUGAAGAAGUUAGAACACUCCUGGAAAGCUCUUGUUUAUGAUGGUGACACCGUUUCAGUUCAUAGACCAAGUUUUUAUGCAGACAGAUUUCUAAAGUUUAUGAAUUCCAGAGUUUUCAAGAAAAUUCAAGCUUUGAAAGCCUCCCCUUCUAAGAAACGGUGCAACUCCAUCGCCGCCUUAAAGGCGACCUCACAGGAGAUUGUGUCUUCAGUUAGCCAGGAGUGGAAGGACGAAAAACGGGAUCUCUUGACUGAAGGACAGAGUUUUAGCAGCCUUGAUGAAGAAGCCCUGGGAUCCCGACACAGGCCAGACCUGGUGCCCAGCACUCCAUCACUAUUUGAAGCUGCUUCCUUGACAACCACAAUUUCAUCUUCUUCCUUGUAUGUCAGUGAACAUUAUGCACACGACGGGACUACGCUUUAUUCAAACAGCAAAGGGUUACCUUCCAGUUCGACCUUUACCUUAGAAGAGGGGACCAUCUACUUGACUGCUGAGCCCAACGCUCUGGAAAUGCAGGAUGAUAAUGCCUCCGUGCUUGAUGUCUAUUUAAGUUUGAACCUCCACUACCUCAACCAGAUUCUGAAUGUCAAAAAGCAGAGUGUCUAUUUGAUGCCUUUGAGGAACUCAGGAACUUCCAGCAACCCGGGCUCUCUAGACGAAACCGCCUAUGAAAGACUAGCAGAGGAAACACUGGACGCCUUGGCGGAGUUUUUUGAAGACCUUGCAGACAAGCCCUGUACACUGGAGGACUAUGACGUCUCCUUUGGGAGUGGUGUCCUAACAGUUAAACUGGGUGGAGAUCUAGGAACCUAUGUGAUCAACAAGCAGACCCCAAACAAGCAAAUCUGGUUAUCAUCUCCCUCCAGUGGACCCAAGCGCUACGACUGGACUGGGAAAAGCUGGGUGUACUCCCACGAUGGUGUGUCCCUCCACGAGCUGCUGGCCACAGAGCUGACUAAAGCCUUAAAAACUGAACUGGACUUGUCUUCCUUGGUCUAUUCUGGAAAAGGCACUUGAAUGGCUGCCCUCUCAUAAAGACAUUAACAGCUGUCAGGCCAAGACCCCAGCUUCCUUCUGCAGCUGAGUGCGGGUUGUCUUUGUUUUUUGUUUUGUUUUCCAUUCCUACUUUUGAAGACAACUCUGAAAAGAAGGUGUCACCUCCCACCCUGCCUGCAGGAUCUGAUUUAAUUUCUAUAGUUUAUUUGGAUUGAUUGUCUGAUUUCCUGCUUCACAUGAUACCCCUUAUCUCUUUUAAUGUCUUAUACCCAUACCUUAAUAUAAUAAUGACUUUACAAAAAGAAAAAUAAUAAGAAGGAAAAAUUCCCUGGGGAAA